AUGCCUCUGAUCACGGCCCCACACAAGAUAAUUUUGACCCAUGUUUGGUCUAUGCAUUCAUUUCAUCAUCAUCAUCAUCAUCAGCCUAUUAAUGUCCCCACUGCUGGGGCACAGACCUACCCUAUGGAUGGAAUAGGGAGAUUGGGCCACGCGGGCCCAGUGCGGAUUGAGGCUUUAAACUCGGCCGAUGACCAGUCAACAUCAGCGUCUUGGUGGCAAGCGGGCACAGCUACCCCAUUCCGGGAUAGUUCGAGUAGCAGCGCGUUCUCCUCGACACACGGCUUAGUGCAGACCCAUCCCACUCUCAACGAUCCGUUCUCAUCGUUCGGAGGGAUCGGCAGCACUAAUGGACCAGCCUCCAACCCAUUUGCGAAAACCAGCGGCGGCGGUCCGCUCAGCAGUGGCGUCAGGAAUAACCCUCUACCACCACUGGCCAGGAGUGCGAAUGGAAAGAACUCACUAAAACACUUGGACUUCACCAGCAGUGCGACAGCUGAAUUAAGAAGAAACCCAGCGCUAUCAGCACCUGAUGAGUGCGCAAGGGCUUGCAGGGAGAACGAACCUCCAAGGAUUUGCUAUUAUCACUUCACCCUGGAACUGUACACUGUUUUGGGAGCGGCCUGUCAAGUGUGUACUCCAAAUGCAACCAAUGUCGUAUGGUCUCACUGCCAAUGCGUACUCGCUGACGGAGUGGAGAGAGGUAUCCUCACUUCAAACAGAAUGUUGCCCGGACCCUCUAUUCAAGUCUGUGAGAACGACAAAGUCGUAAUUGACGUUGAGAAUCACAUGGAAGGUAUGGAAGUAACAAUCCAUUGGCACGGCAUUUGGCAAAGAGGAUCUCAAUACUACGAUGGUGUACCUUUCGUUACGCAAUGCCCCAUUCAACAAGGAAACACGUUCAGAUACCAAUGGCAAGGUAACGCUGGUACCCACUUUUGGCAUGCCCACACUGGCUUACAGAAAUUGGACGGUUUAUACGGCAGCAUCGUUGUCCGUCAACCUCCUUCCAAGGAUCCCAACAGUCACUUAUACGACUACGAUUUGACCACACACGUCAUGUUGAUUAGUGACUGGCUCCACGAAGACGCCGCCGAGAGAUACCCAGGACGUCUGGCCGUCAAUACCGGGCAAGACCCUGAAUCUGUUUUGAUCAAUGGAAAAGGUCAAUUCAGAGAUCCCAACACUGGGUUCAUGACAAACACUCCUCUCGAAGUGUUCACCAUCACGCCUGGAAGAAGAUACAGAUUCAGAAUGAUCAACGCUUUCGCGUCGGUGUGCCCAGCUCAGGUCACGUUCCAGGGUCAUAACCUCACCGUGAUUGCUACAGACGGAGAACCUGUACUGCCAGUUCAAGUCAACACUAUUAUCUCGUUCUCUGGUGAGCGGUACGAUUUCGUUAUUGAAGCGAAUAAUGUACCUGGAGCAUACUGGAUCCAAGUGAGAGGUCUCGGCGAGUGUGGAAUAAAAAGGGCCCAACAAUUAGCUAUCCUCAGAUAUGCAAGGGGACCUUACCAACCAUCAACACAAGCGCCAACUUACGAUGUCGGCAUUCCUCAAGGAGUCGUGAUGAACCCGUUGGACGCGAGGUGUAAUGCCCCAAGAAACGACGCCAUUUGCGUCAGCCAACUGAAAAACGCUAGAAACAUCGACCCCGCUAUACUACAGGAAAGGCCUGACGUAAAAAUAUUUUUGCCUUUCCGUUUCUUCGUAUACAGACCAGAGAUGCUCUUCCAGCCUAAUACAUACAAUAGAUAUUUAGUGGCACCGCAAGGCGACCAUGUUAUCAGUUUGAUUGACGAGAUAUCAUACAUGUCUCCUCCAGCGCCCCUACUGAGUCAGUACGAUGACAUAAACCCCGAACAGUUCUGUAACGGUGACAAUAGACCCGCUAACUGUGGACAGAACUGCAUGUGUACCCACAAAGUAGAUAUUCCGCUAAACGCGGUUGUGGAAAUUGUACUCGUAGACGAAGUUCAAAUUGCAAACUUAUCUCAUCCGUUCCACUUACACGGUUACGCUUACAACGUUAUCGGUAUCGGGCGUUCUCCUGACCAGAACGUUAAGAAGAUCAACUUGAAGCACGCUCUGGAUCUGGACAGAAGAGGUCUGCUCGAGCGUCACCUCAAACAAGGAGAUCUUCCACCGGCCAAGGACACGAUCGCCGUGCCCAACAAUGGCUACGUCAUCCUCCGUUUCAGAGCCAACAAUCCUGGCUUCUGGCUCUUCCACUGUCAUUUCCUUUUCCACAUUGUCAUCGGAAUGAGUUUGGUGCUACAAGUCAUGAACCCCUUAGACGCGAUCUGCAAUGUGAAAAGGAAUGAUGCAGUGUGUGUCAGUAACUUGAAAUCUGCAAAGCCGGUGGACAAGGCAAUCCUACAGGAAAGACCGGAUGUAAAGAUUUUCCUGCCAUUCCGGUUCCACUUUUACAAACCCAAGGACCUGUUCGCGGAGAACACUUACAGGAAUUACUUAGUGGCUCCGGGUGGCGACCAUGUGCUCAGUUUGGUGGACGAAAUCUCAUACAGCGCACCUCCCGCUCCCCCGCUAUCGCAGAUGCAUGAUCUACCUCCAGAACUAUUCUGCAACGGCGACAACAGGCCAGCCGACUGCCCAGUCGACUGCCGUUGUACGCACAUGAUAGACGUGCCGCUCAACUCCAUUGUGGAGAUCGUGCUUGUUGAUGAAGUACAAUCUCCGAACUUGUCUCACCCAUUCCACUUACACGGGACUCCGUACAACGUGAUUGGCAUGGGUCGAUCCCCCGACAAAAACAUUAAGAAGAUCAACCUCAAGCACGCGCUAGAUUUGGACAGAAAAGGCUUGCUUCACAGGCAGUACAACCUGCCGCCAUUCAAAGACACGCUAGCUGUGCCAAACAACGGAUACGUAGUCUUAAGACUGAAAGCUGAUAACCCAGGUUAUUGGCUGUUCCACUGUCACUUCAUUUACCACAUAGUUAUUGGGAUGAACCUUAUCAUACACAUAGGAACGCAGCUGGACCUGCCACCCGUUCCGCCGAACUUCCCUAAAUGCGGCCACCAUCUGCCUGACAUAACGCCGCCCUAUUACCCCGUUACACACCAUUGA